CUGUCAAGUCUUUUCCCAAGUCCCAUCACCACCCACACAGAAUCAUAAAUCCCCAAAGAUCUCCCUUCAAAACCUCAAAUUCAAACCUUUGAAACUCCAAGAACAUAACUCAACAAUGGCUGAUCCUUCUGAAUUAACUCUCCCACAAUCAGUUGAACAAUUGCUUCAAAAAAUUUGCGUUGAACAAUCACUUCCACCACCUGACACACAUGCCAGAAGAGUCCUGGCUCGACUCGGCGAAGAAACAUCGCUGGACAUUCUUACGAAAAUCUCUAUCUCCGAAGUCAGAACGCUCAACGGUUUUAUAGUUCACAUGGCGAAGAAGUACUACCGUCCAGUCGGCUCUCCAGGAAGUGCCCAGAUAUCUCCUCAGAAACGAAGUUCCCCUUGCUCUCCUUCUGCAUAUGCCCAUAAUGAUAGUGGCUAUAACUCUCCUAUCCCCAAGCAUCUGGUACUAUCUCCACCUUGUAGUCCACAGAUUACAGGCACUCAAAGUAUUAGUCACCAAUUGUUGGUCCUCAGUCAGCUUGAAUUCAGAAAAGCCUUUCUAGUUUUAAGUUACAUUGGGCGCUGCAGGCUGGAGGAAGUUAUGACCGCUGGAGAUGCUGAUGAUAUAUUAAAACAUAAAAAUCAACCAAUGAGGAUUUUUGAGUCACAAAUUUGGAGUACCUAUGGCCAGCAUUAUUGUGAUGAAUCAGAUUGUAGGAAGUCUUUUGAUUGGGAUUCUGGUAAGACACGUCUCUAUUAUUGUCAUGUUUAUCCUGAUGGAAGUUAUAAUUUCAAGGGCCCGUAUUUGGACACAACAAGAACCCACUUACAAAGAGAACUGGGAGAUGACAAUGUAUUGAUUGUCAAGUUUGCAGAAAAGUCUGUGGAUUGUACUGAUUUGCCGAAUGGUUCUAGUAAUUGUCACUCGGUGUAUAACAAGAUUGCCAAAGAAGGAAUUCUUGUUGGUCUGAGGCGCUAUCAUUUUUUUGUGUUCAAAGAUGGAGGCAAAGAGGAGAAGAAGAAAAGCCCAACCUCGUCAGCCAUUAAGUGCUACUUCGUCCGAAUGGAGUCUGUUGCUCCAAGUGAUGAGAGAGAAUCUUAUAUUUUGUCUAGAAAAAUGGUCUAUCAAGCAAGGAGUCUUUUCAUGCAUGUGCACAUGGUAUCUAGCAUGGCCAAAUACAUGGCUCGGUUUUCCCUGAUUUUAUCAAAGACUAUAAAGCUUCCAGUUGACCUUACCUCUGUGCAUAUUGAAAAAAUUGAAGAUAUUCUUUGCCAAGAUGAAAAUGGUUCUGUUGUUUAUGAUGAUGGAGAACGUCUUAUACAUACAGAUGGAACUGGCUACAUUUCAGAAGAUUUGGCAAUGAGGUGUCCCGAAGAUUUUUACAAUGCAAAGUAUAUAAAGGAUGACAAUUUUCAGAAAGUAUUGGAACUGAGAGGGACAGAAACUCGCUCUAGGGAGCCGCCUUUGCUGAUGCAAUGCCGGUUGUUCUACAAUGGUUGUGCUGUGAAGGGAACCCUUCUUGUCAAUAGAAAGCUUCCACCAAGAACAAUUCAAAUUAGACCCUCCAUGGUAAAGGUUGAGGCAGAUCCAAGACUUCUAAAUGCAGAGUCUUUGAACUCGUUGGAGAUAGUUGCAAUAAGCCAUAAACCAAGGAGGACUUUCCUUUCGAAAAAUUUGAUUGCACUUCUCCAUUAUAAUGGGGUCCCUAAAGAAAUUUUUUUGGAGUUACUGACAAAUGCACUUGAAGAUUCUCAGAAGAUAUACUCCAAUAAGCGUGCAGCACUAAGAGUUGCCUUGAACCAUGGAGAAAAUGACGACAAUUUUUUGGCAGCAAGCAUGAUUUUGUCUGGAGUUCCUCUUAAUGAACCAUGUCUUCAACAUCGCUUAUCUCAUCUGCGAAAUGAAGAGAGAAAGGGGCUUAAAGGAGGAAAGCUUCCAAUCAGCGAAUGCUUUUAUUUAAUGGGGACUGUUGAUCCAACAGGAGAAUUAAAUAACGAUGAAGUUUGUGUUAUUGUACACAACGGCCAAUUGUCGGGAGAUGUUUUAGUAUAUCGAAAUCCUGGCCUUCACUUUGGGGAUAUACAUGUUCUAAGGGCUACCUAUGUAAAGGCCUUGGAAGAUAUUGUUGGAAAUGCCAAACAUGCUAUAUUCUUUUCCACCAAAGGCCCGAGGUCAGUGGCUAAUGAAAUUGCAAAUGGUGAUUUUGAUGGGGACAUGUAUUGGGUCUCCAAGAACUCUCAGUUGUUCAAAUAUUUCGAAGCUAAUAAACCCUGGAAACGCUGCUAUUCGACACCAAAAGCCCUCAACAGAAAGCCCAGUGAGUUUUCACCUGAGGAAUUGGAACAUGAGCUUUUCCAGCUAUUUCUAAAAUCAAGGGAACCAAGGUUGAUGUUCCAAGUGAAUUGAAAGCUGAGUUGUAUCCACAUUAUAUGGGAAAGAUGAACAGCUAUCAUUCUACGUCUGUCUUGGGACUAAUUCAUGAUACAGUAGAGCAAUCUGAAACUGAAGGUGUUCUUGUAGUAGAAAUUUCAAAACUCCCUUCUUUCGAUGUUGUAAUCCCCGAAGAGUGCUUGAGUUUGUGGAAGGAGAGGUACUCUCAAUACAGAGGUGAGAUGACAGCGGCCUUAAAACCUGGCCAUGAAUCCAAAAAAGAUAAUGCACAGGGAGUGAUCGAAAAAUACAAGCAGUUACUGUAUGGUGCUUCUGAGUUUCAAGAGAGUGCAAGGACAAUAGAGGAGAUCUACAACGAGGCGCUCGCAAUAUAUCAUGUAACAUAUGACUUUGCUAGAAGUAAAAAUGAUGUUAAAAAAUGUCUUUUCGCUUGGAAAGUAGCUGGUUCUGCCCUCUGCAAGUUUCAUGCUGCGAAACAAGGUGAAAGGUCAAUGGUAUGUUUGCCAUCUGUUUUACGUGAGGUGCUAAAAUAAAAUAGAGAAAUUCAUGACUCGACUCGUUUGCUUGACUGGUCAUGACCACUGCCAUUUAUCUCCUUGAGACCAAUCCAACCAGCGAUUUCCUCCUGCCCGUGGGAUAAUAUUUCAGAGUAUGGAGCAGGACAUGAACAGUUUGAUUGUAUUAACUUAUUAUUCACUUAAAAGAGUGUUGAACAAGUGUAAUAUCUGAUAUAUAUGUCUAACAGUGUAUACAAGUG